AUGCGCUCCAACACGAUCCUAGCGGCACCUGUGUUUGCCACAGUCGCUCUGGCUAAUCCUUUGACUUUUCGGCGCACCGAGCUAGGGCCUUGUCCGCCAAUAAAUAGCGAUCAAUGCUUCGAAGCUCGCGUCGGCUACUACAACGACAAAGACUGCACUGACUUAGUCGGCGGCUUUUGCGUCAAUGGAUUCGCGGGAGAAGGGGGAGAUUGCUCCCUCCCUGCGGCUGGGUCCCCCGCUUGCGAAAAAGCAGGUGUCCCGGACACUACUCCGUACUGGGCCAAGAUCCUUUCAGUAGCCCCCGGACACGACCAGCUCCAGCUCGUAUACACCCAGGACCAGAGUUGUCCGCCUUCUGGACCCGGCGCCGUCUUCGCCACCCUCAUCAACAACGGCGCGUGCGUUCAACUGAACAAGGGUGGGGACGUCGUUGGACUAACCGUUUACCCCAGCGGCGGCUCUGGCCUCGCGAAGAGGAACGCGACCCUCAGUCAGGGCCUCAAGCGUGACGGCGCCGGCUGCUCAGGCUUCAAGAUCGAAAGCUCGCAGCCAAGCGAGUCCCCUAGUCAGCAAGUCUCGGAGAUCGUCGAUUGUACUAAUGGUAGCGACAACAACGCAUGCUCGAUCACUAGGGAGAAACAACACACAACCUCUGUCACCACCUCCUACACCUUGUCUGUGGGUGGCUCUGUUGGUUUUCUGGGUGAGGAGGCUACCUUUGAAGCUACCUUCGGGAUGGAAUAUACACAGGAGGAGACAUCGGGUAUCCAGGAGAUGCUCACGGUCGAAAAUGGACAAAAGGGUUAUUUGUCCGUUUAUAGUGCCGCAACACUUUUCCAUGGCACUUUCACUGGGUGCAACUCUGGUGAUGCCGAGCAGCCUGGUGACGUCCUGGCAAUCAAGAAGAACGGGCUGACCUACGCGGUGAUCAACACCGCCGCCUAG